AUGGAACUGGACGAGUCUACAGAUAUUUUUAACUUUUCUCCACUUCUUGUGUAUGUCAGGUAUAUUUACAAAGAAGAAAUUUUAGAAGACUUUUUAUGUUGUCAAUCUUUAAACGGCAGAACCACUGGCAAUGACAUAUUUAUGCUUUUUAAUACAUUUUUUGAAAAUAAUAAAAUUUCGUGGUCAAUGUGUAAAGCUAUUUGUACAGAUGGCGUAGAAGCACUUACUGGAUCAAAGAAAGAUUUUAGAGUUAAAGUUAACAAAAUUUCACCAAAUAUACUAUUUACUCAUUGUAUGAUUCAUAGGGAAGCUUUAGCAGCUAAAAAACAUGAACCCUUUAUCAAUGAAGUACUACAAAAUGAAUUUAGUAUAAUUAAUUUUAUAAAGUCAAAAGCACUAAAUUCUAGAUUAUUUACGAUAAUUGGUAAUGAAAUGGGAUCUGAUCAUACAAAACUACUACUUUAUACUGAAGUUAGGUGGUUAUCCCAUGAAUUGUCAAAAAUAGCUUUAUCAACACUUCUACCGUUUGCAUCGACUUACUUGUGUGAAACUGUGUUUUCAGCUCUUACAAUAAUAAAAAUUAAAUAUCGUACAAAAUUGAAUGUAGAAUCAGAUUUAAAAGUAGCAGUAUCUAAUAUUAAACCUAAUAUGAAGUCAAUAAUAGCUCAAGUUCAAGCUCAAGUAUCUCAUUAA